AUGUCUACGGCUGCGGUAGACCGGGCAGUGGAAGAACGGAUAUACGAAACGGCGAUAUGCCCUCUGCUUUGCAAGCUUUUGGCUCUCUUGGGCGUGCAGCAGUACCUUAUCUCUUUCUGCCCCCUCUGCCUUCCCACCGGCGCCUAUCCUCAGACUGCGCGUCACUUGCCAACGCCUACAACCGCAACCAUAGCCAAACGUUACUCCACGCUCAUCGCCCUCGCAAUGGCGACUUUUAUCAUCGCGCGACCCACAGCCGUUAUCACGUGCCGACAUCUCUCUACACGAGUUUUGCAACGCCGUGCGCGCUGCUCGCAGCCAUACUGUGCCAACAGGCAAGCACCACGGCACGCGUCUCGAGAACAUGUCCUACCGGUACAUAACGUGGCUGCAAACGAAUCGCUCAAGGUUGGCUCACAUCGCCCAACUGCAGAGUACGUUGAUGGUCUUGGGGAGACACGCUGUGUUGAGCACGAGGGAUACGCCCGUAACGUCCACCGAGCCGUUCUUGGUCGACCAGUCAACGAGCUAAGCGACAUAUGCUGA